AUGGCCAACAACUUGGACAACGAGGUUCAUCUCGUCGCCGACGACUUCGAUGACGAGGUUACUGAUAGCGAGGCGGAUCUCGAAAGCCUUCACUCGGAGACCACUAGCGUCAAAGACUCCAUUCGUGAGUACCGGAUGGAGAAUGGUAGAUCAUACCACAAAUACAAAGAUGGCAAUAUGCAACAUGAGAUCUGCUUCCUCACAUUUCAUGGGAAACUUGGAAUUGCUCCGCCUUGUGAACCUGACGCCAAAGUUGGGCGCGUUCUCGAUCUUGGCACCGGUACCGGUCUUUGGGCCAUUGAGUACGGCGAUGCGCACCCUGAAGCCGAGAAAGCUAACUAUGAGCUCGUCAGCGUACCCCCGAACGUGCGAUUCGAAGUCGACGACAUGGAGGAGGAAUGGCUGUACUCGCGGCCCUUUGACUACAUUCACAGUCGCUUUAUCAAUGCGAGUAUUGCUGAUUGGGAGAAGUUGAUCAGGAAAGCGUAUAAGAAUCUUGAGCCGGGCGGCUGGUACGAAAUACAGGAGGCAGCUUUCCCUAUUGUGUGCGACGACGGCACUCUGACUCCAGACAUGCCGUUGAGCCGACUUGGGAGCCUGGUCACUGAGGCGGCGGAGAUGUUCGGGCGGCCAUUCAUUGAGGUCCCAUCAUUGAAGAAAGUCCUUCUUGAGGUUGGGUUUGAAGACGUCCAGCUGAACUCCUACAAGUGGCCGACAAACACCUGGCCCAAGGACGACCAUCACAAAAGAAUCGGCGAGUGGAACUUGCACAACUUUGCAGAUGCGGCUGCGUCGGUGGCCAUGGCACCCCUUACCCGUGCUCACAACUGGACAAAGGAAGAAGUAAUGGUGUUUCUUAUUGGUGUGCGGAAGAAUUUGAGAGACAGGAAUAUCCAUGCCUACUUUCCCGUGUAA